AGUAAAAAUUAAAGGAAAAGAAAAAAUCACCUUCAUACCAAAACAAGCUUCAGGUAUUUAUCAUGUAUGUUAUGAUCGUUACUGCAAUUCCCUAAAUUCCCCUAUUACAUAUAAGCGUGAGGAUUUCAUUUAGAAUUAUCAAGGUUGAUAUAUACGUCAGUUAUUUCAUUUUAUUUCUGACUUUGCUGAAUUGAUUAGAUUUAUUGAAAAGAGUGUGUGUUGAAUACAAAUAAUAACCAAGUGCAGUUUUCAUGUCUGAAUUUGACACAAACGACAUUCCAUCUACUUUUGAUCCGUUUGCUGAGGCAAAUGCUGAGGACUCAGGUAUCGGGGCGAAAGAUUAUGUUCAUAUCCGGGUGCAGCAGCGAAACGGGAGGAAAAGCCUUACAACAGUUCAAGGAUUGAAGAAAGAAUUCAGUUACUCCAAGAUUCUUAAGGACCUCAAGAAAGAGUUUUGUUGUAAUGGUACUGUUGUCCAGGACCCUGAGUUGGGCCAGGUCAUACAACUUCAGGGAGAUCAAAGGAAAAAUGUUUCUACCUUCCUUGUGCAGGCUGGCAUAGUAAAGAAGGAUAAUAUCAAGAUUCAUGGUUUCUAAUUAAUUAAGUACUACUCAAUAGCAAAAGAUUGUAAAUCUAAAACUCAAGCAAUAGCCAG